AUGGACAUUGGAACCGGGUACCCGCUUUUGGAAUCGGAACCGCCUCGAAACUGUCGGUUCUGGAACUGGAACCGCCUUAAGCGGUUUCGGUUCUGGUUCCUAAAGUUAUGGAACCGCCUUAAGCGAUUUCGGUUCCAAUUCUCAUAUUUUUGGAACCACUACUCUUGGGUACCCGUCGAAACCGCUAAUACUUAUGCUGGGCAAGAAAGGGCAAGGGUCCAAUAUUUUAGUGUACAAAUAACGUUUUGCUUAAAAAAGUUGAGAGAGAGAAAGGCAGAAAGCCCGCCAUUAAUGCUGAGCUCAACCACCAGUCCAAAUGUUUACCUUCAAAUCUAG